ACCGUCUUCGUUGUUACCACAUUGUUCUGGUAUAAAAAGUCCGCCCGCCGAAUUCGAAAUCAGAAGUCGCUUGGAUUUCGAUAUAGAAACACCAACAAGAAUAACAAUGAAACUCUUCAUUUUCGCCGCUAUCUUGGCUUAUGCCAAAGCUGGAGUUAUUAGCUCUUACGCUGCCGCUCCUGUAGCUUAUGCAGCCCCCGCUGUCCAUACUUAUGCUGCUCCAGCCGUUCAUAGUUAUUCUGCUCCAGCCGUUCAUAGUUAUGCAGCCCCCGCUGUCCACACUUAUGCUGCUCCAGCCGUUCAUAGUUAUGCCGCUCCAGCUGUUCACACCUACGCCGCUAAAACCAUCGCUCCAGUUGCUUAUACCGCCCCAAUUGUUAAAACCGUUGCCCCAGCUGUAGCUGUUGCCAAAACCAUCGUCAAUGAAGAAUACGACCCCAACCCACAAUACUCUUAUGGAUACGACGUCCAAGAUGGACUCACCGGAGACUCCAAAAGCCAAACCGAAACUCGUAAUGGCGAUGUCGUCCAAGGAUCUUACUCCUUAACCGACCCAGAUGGCACCAGAAGAACCGUCGAUUACACCGCCGAUCCCAUCCACGGAUUUAACGCCGUUGUACGCAAAGAACCUUUAGCCGUUGUCGCUAAAGUUGCAGCUCCGGUUGUUGCUAAAGUCGCCACUCCUGUUAUUGCUAAAGUAGCUACUCCUUUAACUUAUGCCGCCCCCAUCGCUAAAGUUGCUGCACCAAUAGCUUAUUACCACUAAGAAUCAUGUGAAUUGACUUUGUAUAUAUGUAUUUAUUUUUGAUUUUUUUAAUAAAGAGAUGAUUAUUGCAUAAAUUUGUUUUCAC